AUGGUCGCGGACACUGCAUACUACGACGUUUUGGGCGUGCCACCCACUGCCUCUGAGCUCGAGAUCAAGAAGGCGUACCGGAAGCUGGCCAUUACCACUCACCCAGACAAGAACCCCGGCGAUGAAACAGCACACGAAAGGUUCCAGGCGAUCGGAGAGGCCUACCAAGUCCUCAGCAAUGAGGAUCUUCGAAAGCGCUAUGAUAAGUUUGGCAAGGAAGAUGCCAUGCCAGGUGGUGGCUUUGAGGACCCGUCCGAGUUCUUCAGCAUGAUUUUUGGUGGUGACGCGUUUGUCGAUCUUAUUGGAGAGAUCUCGCUCAUGAAGGACCUGACUGCGACGAUGGACAUCACCGUGGAACAGAUGGAGGAAGAAGAGCUAGCCGCGUCAGCCGAGCAAAAACUGAACAUUCACGAGGAGGAAGUCAAGGCCGCCGGUGCAGACAGCGCACCUACCGCCGAAUCCCACGCAACGACAGCGGGAGCGUCGGAGGCGCAGCCUCAUAUGCCCUCGGAGACGUCCGCCCAGAGCUCUGGUACUAGCACCCCUCGACGAUACCUCGGCCAGCAGGCCAUCAUGGACAAGUCGGAAGAAGAGGCGCGCAUGGAGGCAGCAGGCCUGUCACAGGAAGAGAAGGAAUUGCGCAAGAAGGAGAAGAAGAAGGGUCUGUCCAAGGAGCAACAGGAGCGCCUGGCCGCCUUCGAGGAAGAACGGAGGAAAGCGCGGGAGGAGCGUGUCAAUACCCUGGCAAACAAGCUCAUCGACCGCGUCAGCGUGUGGACCGAGACCGAUAAAGGCAAGGAUGUGACGCACGCAUUCGAAGAGAAGAUUCGGCUGGAGGUUGAGAACCUGAAGAUGGAGUCUUUUGGCCUCGAGAUUUUGCACGCCGUCGGUGCCACCUACGUGCAGAAAGGUACAUCGUUCCUCAAAUCGCAGAAGUUCCUCGGCAUUUCCGGCUUCUUCUCCCGGCUGAAGGAUAAGGGCACGCUGGCAAAGGAGACAUGGACGACCAUCUCCACGGCGAUUGAGGCGCAGAUGACCAUGGAGGAAAUGGCCAAGCUGGAGGAACGGGGCGGCGAGGACUGGACAGAUGAAAAGAAGGCCGAGUACGAGAAGAGAGUCACAGGCAAGAUUCUGGCUGCGGCAUGGCGCGGCAGCAAGUUUGAGAUCCAGAGUGUCCUGCGCGAUGUGUGUGACCAGAUUCUGGGUGACAAGAAGGUCCGACUGGAAAAGCGCAUCGAACGUGCUCAUGCACUGGUGCUUGCUGGCAACAUCUACGCAAAGGCUGAACGCGACCCCGAGGAGGAAGGCGAUUAUAUGGCCUUUGAACAGCUCAUGGCCGAGGCUAUGUCCAAGAAGGGCAAGGAUGAGAAGAAAAAGAAGAAGUCGAAGCAUGGCUUCGGGCACGGCCAUGAGCAGUCCGAGGUGGAGGAAGCCCCCGCGGCUUAA